UGUAUAUCGUUUGUUCGCGAUGGUUCACACCACAGUGUUCAGUUCCUAUUCAUGUUUGUGUGUUUUUUAAAUCUGAGUUAUUGAUUAUUUUAAUGGGGGGUAAAAACGUAGUAUCGAUAGUGUUAAGUUAAGAGGUCGAAUAGUUUUGUGAAAUCACAUUACCAUUAUAUGCUAAAGAUACAGGUCUAAACGCUAAAGUUACACUGUAGAAUAUGCUAAAAAUGAAACGCCCUGUUUUCACUUUGGUAAAAUUUAAAAAUUGUGCAUUUUGUAUUACGCGAAUCGAUUCAAAAAUUUCGUAUAGUUUAGAGAAACUACUGAGCUGAAAAUCGGUGGUGUAAAAGCCAGUGCAAUGUUUACGUAAAUGGUUGUGAUCGAAAACUUAAUGUAUGCAUUUAUGCAAAUAAAAUCUGAAUACAGCAGUGCCAAUGUAAUGUGUUGGAAUGCAAUGAUACUGCUGAUCUAGUGAACAUAAUCGUCGUUGUUAAGGAACAAACAUUCUUUCGUACAGAGCUUUGGUUAUUAUUUGGAUCAUCAUAUUUGAAGAUAGUAACCGCAAUGUCGUCAUGCCUCAGCGACGAUCCAGAUAUGCUGCUAAACGAAUGGCUCGGCGAACUGGAGAAUAUGAUCGGAGGAUUAGAGAUUUCCAGCUCAGCUGUAGCUGCUACAGUCGCUAGAUUGCGCCCGAAAAGUAAUACUUCUACUGAACGUACCGAUUCGUACCGUUUUUCAAUGGCAAAUCUCGAGGAGACACAUGAGGCCGAGCUCGAUGCCAUUUUAGGAGAACUGAGCCAGUUAGAACAAAGAGGUGAACUGCGACAGGGCAGAAGCCAUAGUCGUACCAAUUCUACGAUUUCAGUGACCACAAAUACUACCAUUUCAUCCGAAAGUGGUUGUAGCAGUGUCCCGGAGAGCGUUGCUAGCAUAAGUAGUUUACGCGAACCGCGAACUGACAGUCCAGACAAUGACUCCGCUUUCAGUGACACGGUAUCACUCAUGUCAAGUGAAUCAUCAGCAUCUAGUAAUGUCAGCUCUCAUCUUAAAAAUUUACAACAAAAUGUUCAAAAUGCAAUAGAUUCCGGAAAGCAGGCAAAAAUUCAUUUAGCUUUGCAAAAACUAGAACAGGCUACAGUAAGGCGGCUUUUUGUGAAAGCCUUUUCUGCUGAUGGAGCAUCGAAAUCAUUAUUGGUUGAUGAAACAAUGUCAUGCGGGCAUGUCACGCGUUUGUUAGCGGAUAAGAAUCAUGUUCAAAUGGAACCGAGCUGGGCUAUCGUUGAGCAUUUACCCGAACAUCAAAUGGAGCGAUUAUUUGAAGAUCAUGAGUUAUUAGUUGACAAUUUAAUGCUAUGGAGUAGAGAUUCCAAAAAUAAAGUUUUAUUUCUGCAGCGAGCGGAUAAGGUUUGUCUAUACAAGACUCCGGAGCUGUUUCUUCCAGGGACACAAAUGGCUCCAGGAAGUGAUCAUGAUGAACAUACCAGAGCAAUGCUAUUAGACGAGUUUUUCUCCAGUCAGAGUCAAAUUCCACUUGAAGGUCCGCUUUAUUUAAAGAGUGAUUCCAAAAAAGGAUGGAAAAAGUAUCAUUUUGUUCUUAGAGCUUCCGGUUUACAUUAUUAUCCAAAAGAGCAAAAACUGCGAUCGGUAAAGGACUUGCUUUGUUUGGCUCUCUUUGCUGGUCACGAGGUAUAUCGAGGAAUAGGUUGGAAGAAGAAACAUAAAUCACCAACCGAUUAUACAUUUGCGCUGCGAUGUCCAAAAGUUCCUCCUGGGGCUAAAGGGAAUCGCUCCAUAAAAAUGCUUUGUGCUGAAGAUGCAAAGACUUUAGAGACAUGGGUAACAGCAAUUAGAGUAACAAAGUAUGGUAAAAAAUUGCUGGAUAAUCAUCGAAGUCUGUCAGAAGAUCUUGCUCGGGAAGAGUUAGAUACGCUAUCAUCUGCACGGAGUGGAUCAAUCGGUAGUAUCGUGUCUUCUGUUCCUUCUCAUUGUAGCAGUAGUAGCAGCAGUAAUAGUAGUGGAAGCGACGCUAAUCAUCUAGUUCCUGUCAAUAACGGUCGUUUAUCGCGUGCAUCGAGUUCCAGUUCCAGUGGGUGCUUAUCGGAUGAGAAUAAUGGGUUCGAUUCCGAAUUUCCAACGGGUACAAUAAAGCGUAAGCCAUCUAUGAAGCCGAACUUACCAUUAACAUCUAUGACCAGGCAGUUGAAGGAAGUUGGCGAAACUACAAGAUUGAAUGAUUCUUCACCUACUUCACCGGAUCGAGGUGGAACUCUUACACGACGACACAGUCGAAGAAGAAGCGAAGAGAGUAAUAAUAGUGGCACAUUAAAACGAAGACCAGCAAAUAAUCGCGGGUCGGUAGAAAGCAUGAGCUCGUCUGCUUCGACACCAACACCGACUCCUGCUAAUAGUAUCCCGGGAACUCCAAUCAUUCAACAGCAAGCGCCAAUAUUAGCAACUAAUAUCAAUUUGUCAAAUAGUAGUAGUAGCAAUACUGUACAACAGUUAGCUAAUAUCACUCCACCAACGCCAACAAGACCGAUUACAUCUUUAGAAUCUAUGCAGGCUUGCAUGACUAGCUCUACGUUUUCAUUACCGCCUCCACCGGAUGAUCUCGGAACGAAUUUCUCAGGUUCAACGUUGUCUUUGGAUUCUUUACCCCCACCUCCACCGCCAAAUGUUCUUGAGGAUAGUUUUAGUGGAUCUCAAUUAUCAUUAGUUAGUGUGCAAAUGCCAUUGCCACCGCCACCUCCGCCACCAAACGUUAUAUCUGUUCAAUGUGCUUCGAACGUCAAGGAACUGGGUAAAAUUUACCAAACAGCCUCAACCGCGAUGUCAUCGACACAAGAUGCCAUUGUACCGCAAGCAACUACUCCAUCAAAUGAAAUGUUCGAAACAAACAGUAUAAAGCAAUCGAUUAUGAAGUUCAACAGUCAAACUCUUCCAUCUCCCGUCUCUAACAACACCAGUACGAAAGUCGAACCAAUUUACUUAACAAACGUAAAACCAUCUGCCCUGAAGGCGCCACCGUAUAAAGCUCCACCACCAUACAACGGGGAAGCUACGCUUUCACAGACACCAUCCUCAGUGCCGGUAAAAAAUGUAAAGUUUGCGGACUCUCCUGUUCUACUUAGACGUAAGGUGUGCUUUGAAGACGAAAUUCAUGAUGCACCGCUCUCACCACGGAGAAUAUCACGUGAUAUUUACUCCACACCGCCAGUUCCUCCACCGAGAGCCGAAGCGACACGCCUUUCGACAUCAUACACGUCACCGAAACGGCUGAGCGAUUCUGCUUCCAAUCCUCCUCGUGAUUUCCUGAAAGAUUUGCAAAGAGUAAUGAAUAAAAAAUGGCAAAUCGCUCAAAAAUGCAAGUUGGAACCAGCAACAACUCCGCACGAGGUGCUCGGAUUCCGCGAUUUACCAAGUGAAAGUUAUUCGUCGCACUACUAUAGAGAGUCUGCCAACGUGAGCCAUUGGGUACAGGAGCACUACGGUUCUGAUGGGUUAUACGAAAAUUUGGGAAGUAAUAUGGGUAUGGAACCGGCUUAUCCAAAAGGGCAAUCGGUGGUAAGUGGUUCGAUUAAAAAGCGACCACCACCACCUCCUCCUAAACGAAGUGAGAAGACACAUUUAACGACAACUGUACCACAGCAGAGGUUAUAAAAUUGGGCCUAUUUCGGAUUUUCCGAUUGUUUGACGAUGGUCAGGAAAACCGUCCGUUGCGAGCGAAUAUGCACUGGGUCUUCAUGCAAUGUUAGUGAAGUGUAAAUAACGACCAUAUACGGAAGUAUUGAAUAUCAACCAAAAUUGCCAUAAGUUGCUGCCAUUGUGCUAUCUCCUAACAGCUUACAAAGAAAAGUUCUUAUGCAAAGGAUUCACCAAGCAUUUGUGCUGGAGGAUGCGACGCGUUUUCAGUUGUUUUGACGUACAAUGGCCAUCGUUACAAGGUAGCACAGCAUCAGCAUACUGAUGUUGACCGGAUAAAAUCUGGCUUGACAGAGAAGAAAUAGACUGCGGUUUGUCAUUAUAUGACGCUAUCAAAGAUUUGCGGAAGAGUUCAAUGUAAAGAUUUACUGUGUGGCAAAAGUCAUUUUGGCAGAGUCAUGAUUGUGAUGAAAUAUAAAACAACAAUUUAAUUAAUAAAAAUAUUCAGAAAUAUAACGCAAUUUAUUAUGCGCUAAAACUAAAUCUAUACUGUUUUAUAUAGUUUGAAUUAAAUAAACAAACAUUUGCUUACCUUGACCAGCAUGAAUCAAUUAGUGGUAGUUCGAUCAAUGUAGUCGAUUAAAUAUAAAUAAUUAGAACUAAUUCAUUCAUGUUUAUUUAAUUGUUCAUUUCAAAAGUUUUCUAGUAAGCGAUUAUACCUAAAUAUUAACUACAUGUGUACAUCUUUUGUUCUUUAUUUAAUAUGUUUAAGAAAUAUAAUUUUAAUACAUUUUACAUAAUAUAUGUCGUUUGAUUGCUUUCAAAAAGAAAUUUAUUGAAAAAAGUGCCAUAGGCUGGGAUUAUGAAUACAAAAGGAGCAAACAUAGAUAUUCAAUGUUGUAAGCAAGCAAAACUAUCUCAUAUGUAAGUCUAAGUUUUCUUUGUCCUAUAUUAGAUAGGCUGAACGCAUCUCUGAUCAAUUUGUCUUGUAUGGUUCAACUGUUUUACGCAUUUGGAUUAAUAACAGAUUUAAUCUUUACAAUUGCUAGUUCUAAAAUAAGUAUAUUCGUAUAUAUUACCGCUUGAACACUUCUCCAUUCGAAUGCCAUUGUUUUCAAAAAGGAAAUACUAAGAUGUGAAACAAUAAACAUUCUUGACGAGGUUUUUACGUAAAUAUAUACAAAUGCAAUUUUUGGAUCAAAGGUUUUGUACUGUCCACGUAUUGGACAAUAAAAUAUACAGAAAAAUUGGUGCUUUAUAAAAUUAUCGAUAAAUAUACAUGCUAACCAAAACUAAACAAUCGAAUAAAAGCAGAGAAGAGAGCCAAUCGCCAAUUGUUGCUUACAAUGCAAUGUUAGACAAAACCGCAUAGACAUCCAGUAUCCAAAAUAUAUUCUUGGCCAAACGCUAAAACACGAACACUUCCUUUACAUCAACCAUACUUGCAGAGGAGUUCUAGAGGAUAACAGAAUAAAAAUAUAUAGGCUAUCUUACUGCUGAAACUAGUAGUCGAAAUCAGGCUGAAAAUGAGAAAGUGAAAAUGCGUGUAUUAAAGCGGCAAAACGAUUGACCGUGAAAACGAAUAAGCCGUCUCAACUAUAUAAAUAUAUUUUAAAUUGUAACAUUAUUCAAUGAACACAUAACUGUACUGGGUACAGUAAAAUGAACACUAGCGAAUAUACGUUAGCAAGGAGCUACGACUAUGAUAAUACAUGAAGGGUGUUGAAACAAAAUGGAUGAUAAAAAUUCAAUUUUUAUGAAUUUAUUAUUACAAUAAUCUAUACUCGUAAAAUAUUUCGCAAUCCUAUCACUAUUGUAAUAAGUGCGAAACAGCUGAA